AUGGACACUUCAUCCAAAGAAAAUAUCCAGUUGUUCUGUAAAAGUUCGAUGCAACCUGUUGGGCGACCUUCCUUUAAAAAAGAAUAUUCUUCCUCAAAGGAGAAGCAAGGAUGCUGUGGCGAACUGAAGGUAUUUUUGGGUGCCUUGUCUUUCGUCUACUUCGCUAAAGCAUUGGCAGAAGGCUAUCUGAAGAGCACCAUCACUCAGAUAGAGAGAAGAUUUGAUAUCCCUUCUUCACUGGUGGGAGUUAUUGAUGGUAGUUUUGAAAUUGGGAAUCUCUUAGUUAUAACAUUCGUAAGCUACUUUGGAGCCAAACUUCACAGACCAAAAAUAAUCGGAACAGGGUGUCUAAUCAUGGGAGUUGGAACAUUGCUUAUCGCACUGCCUCAGUUCUUCAUGCAGCAGUACAGAUAUGAAAAGUAUUCUCCUUUCUCUAAUUCUACUCUCAGCCUCUCUCCAUGUCUCUUGGAGUCAGACAGUCAGUUACCUCUCUCGGUUAUAGAAAAACCACAAUCCAAAAGAAAUGAUGAAUGUGAAAUGGAUGCCAGCUCUUCCAUGUGGGUUUAUGUUUUCCUGGGGAACCUUCUUCGUGGAAUUGGGGAAACUCCGAUUCAGCCUCUAGGCAUCGCCUACCUUGAUGAUUUUGCCAGUGAAGAUAAUUCCGCUUUCUAUAUUGGGUGUGUGCAGACGGUUGCAAUUAUAGGACCAAUCUUUGGCUUCCUGCUAGGCUCACUAUGUGCCAAACUGUAUGUUGACAUUGGCUUUGUAAACCUAGAUCACAUAACCAUUACUCCAAAGGAUCCCCAGUGGGUAGGAGCCUGGUGGCUGGGUUACCUAAUAGCAGGAAUUGUAAGUCUUCUCGCAGCUCUGCCUUUCUGGUGUUUACCAAAAAGUCUUCCGAGACACCGAAGUAAAGAGGAUUCCAGUUCCUCCUCUGAGAAAUCCAAGUUUAUUAUGGACGAUCAUACAGACUACCAAACAUCCCUUGGAGAGAAAUCAAAAAUAAUGGAAAUGGCAAGAGACUUUCUUCCGUCACUGAAGAAUCUCUUUGGAAAUCCACUGUACCUGCUGUAUUUGUGUGCCAGCACGGUUCAGUUCAAUUCUUUGUUUGGAAUGGUGACCUAUAAACCCAAGUACAUCGAGCAGCAGUAUGGGCAGUCAUCCUCCAAAGCCAACUUUGUUAUCGGACUCAUCAACAUACCUGCAGUGGCCCUUGGAAUAUUCUCUGGGGGGAUAGUUAUGAAAAAGUUCAGGAUCAGUGUGUAUGGAGCUGCAAAACUCUACUUGGGAUCGUCUGUUCUUGGGUACCUCCUAUUCCUUUCCCUGUUUGCACUGGGCUGUGAAAAUUCUGAUGUGGCAGGAAUAACUGUCUCCUACCAAGGAACCAAACCUGUCUCUUAUCAUGAACGAGCUCUCUUUUCAGAUUGCAACUCAAGAUGCAAAUGUUCAGAGACAAAAUGGGAACCUGUGUGUGGUGAAAAUGGAAUCACAUAUGCAUCGGCAUGUCUUGCUGGUUGUCAAACCUCCACCAGGAGUGGAAAAACUCUUAUAUUUUAUAACUGCACCUGUGUGGGGAUUGCAGCCUCAAAGUCAGGAAAUUCCUCAGGCAUGGUGGGCAGGUGUCAAAAAGAUAAUGGAUGUCCCAAAAUGUUUCUGUAUUUCCUUGUCAUUUCAGUCAUCACGUCCUAUACUUUAUCUCUAGGUGGCAUACCUGGAUACAUACUGCUUCUGAGGUGCAUUAAGCCACAACUUAAGUCUUUUGCCCUGGGUAUCUACACCUUAGCAAUAAGAGUUCUUGCAGGAAUCCCAGCUCCUGUGUAUUUUGGAAUUUUGAUUGACACUUCAUGCCUCAAAUGGGGAUUUAAAAGAUGUGGAAGUAGAGGCUCCUGUAGAUUAUAUGAUUCAAAUGCUUUCAGACAUAUAUAUCUGGGACUUACUGUGAUGCUGGGUACAGUGUCCAUUUUCCUAAGUAUUGCAGUACUUUUCACUUUAAAGAAAAAUUGUGUUUCAAAACAUAGAAGCUUCAGAACCAAGACAGAAGGAACAAUGGUGUCUACAAGAAUCAGGAAGGAAAAUUGUACUACAAGUGAUCAUUUACUACAACCCAGCUGCUGGCCAGGCAAGGAAACACAGCUUUAA